AUGGCUUCAUCCCUUCUCGACAACAGUCCACCCUCGACGCCGGGAAAGUUCAAACCGGACAAAGCUCCGCCGUACCUCCACCACCACCACCACCGCUCCCUCCGGCUACAAUCCAACAUCUCGAAGCUCACCUUCUACUCUUUCCUGUUCCUCGUCCUCUUCUUCUUCUUCUUCCUCCUCUCCCCUCCUUCCUCCUCCUCCCCACGCCGCCAGCUCAGCGCCGAUCUCCCCGGCGGCCGCCAGUGGGAGAAGAAGGUCCUCAAAUCCACCCGCCCCGAAUCCGCCGGCUUCUUCACCGUCCUGGUCACCGGCGCUGCCGGAUUCGUCGGCACCCACGUCUCGAUCGCCCUCAAGCGCCGCGGCGAUGGCGUCCUCGGACUCGACAACUUCAACCACUACUACGACGUCAAUCUCAAGCACGCCCGUCGCAAUGUCCUCGACCGGGCCGGAAUCUUCGUCGUGGAAGGCGACAUCAACGAUGCCGAUUUGCUCCGCAGGCUCUUCGACGUCGUCCAUUUCACCCACGUCAUGCAUCUGGCCGCCCAGGCCGGCGUACGGUACGCGAUGCAAAACCCUAAAUCUUAUGUCCACAGCAACAUCGCAGGGUUUGUGAAUUUGCUCGAGGUCUGCAAAUCGGCAAACCCUCAGCCGGCGAUCGUCUGGGCUUCUUCCAGCUCGGUCUACGGCUUGAAUUCCAAAGUCCCCUUCUCUGAGAAGGACAGGACUGAUCGGCCGGCGAGCCUCUACGCCGCUACAAAGAAAGCCGGCGAGGAAAUUGCUCAUACCUAUAACCACAUCCAUGGUCUUUCCAUUACUGGGCUGCGAUUCUUCACUGUUUAUGGUCCGUGGGGAAGGCCAGACAUGGCUUACUUCUUCUUCACUAAGGACAUCCUGAAAGGGAAAGAGAUCAGUGUGUUUGAAACUGCCGAUGGGAGAAGUGUGGCCAGAGAUUUCACCUACAUUGACGACAUUGUUAAAGGCUGCUUGGGCGCGCUGGAUACUGCGAAGAAAAGCACUGGGAGUGGAGGGAAGAAGAAGGGUCCAGCUCAAUUGAGGAUCUACAACUUGGGGAAUACUUCCCCUGUUCCAAUGACCAAGAUGGUGAGCAUAUUGGAGAAGCUUCUUAAAGUUAAGGCGAAGAAGAAAGCUCAGCCGAUGCCAAGGAAUGGAGACGUGGAGUUCACACAUGCGAAUAUCAGUUUGGCUCAGAGGGAGCUCGGGUACAAGCCGACUACAGGGCUGGAGUCGGGGCUUAAGAAGUUUGUAAGAUGGUACGUUAGUUACUACGGGACGACAAAGAAGAAGAAUGGUUCAUCAUCCGCCUUGUGA